AUGACCCUGCUCAUAUUGUCAGUCUUGUUGUUCUUUGGGAAACUCGGCUCGGAGUUCAUCCUCUCUGUGGCCUCCAGAGCAAGCCCUUACAUCCCCCCGACCGUGAUCAUGGCCGAUCACCGAACCCUCCCACGCUUCGAGGAAGUGGCUCGUCUAACGACAGGGUUCGAGGCCCCGGUGGCGCAUGCGCUGAAAGAGAUUCCCAGAUAUGCCUGGUUGAAGCUUUCGAAGAUUGUUGGCCUUGAUGGCUUCAUCUGA